CUCUCGGCGAAAGGAUACACGCUUUCAUUUAAACCUCGUUGGUUACAUAACAUGGUUUGCUAGCAAUCCAUGUCAGAAAGAACCACGUUUUCAGCGUAAUGGGUAGAUUAUUGCACAGGAAGGGGGCUUAUAAUGUGUAAUUCCAGGCAGGAUCCCGCAUUACGGCAAAGGCUAUCGAGGGAAGUACAGGCAGUUAGUUAGCUGAUAGCUGCACAUCCAAAUCAAGCUGAAAAUUCUCGGUCUACAACCCAUACAAUACCAAAGCUCUUGGACACUUUCACUGAAACGUCGGCGACAUACCAUUUAAACAGAUCACAGAACACUGAAAAUAAGCUUUCAUGUAAAGAUAACGAUUUUAUUUCAUGAAACGAAACACAAUCGGAACCAUCAAAGUAGCGAAUCCACUUGGCUACUCUCCAAGAUUAUUCCUCGACCGUAUUCAGAUAUUGUGCAUUCAAGGAGGCUGUUUGAAGUUGGCUGCUUGGAAAGAGGAAGGUAUUCUUAGUCGAGUUCUUCAGAUGUCUCAGAAGUUUUCUUUGCUGCAGAAUCCCUGGCACUACAAUGUCUCCUCAGCCACAUCCUCUCGGAAAUAUCGGCAGGCAGUCGAGUAGUGGAAGGACAGAACCGGAGAUUUUUUGACAGAACUCUCCACACUGGACGUGUCUUUUGAAGUCACGGUGGGGUCAGGGGGUAAAGGUUAUUCACCCAGCAUCCUCGGCAGUAGAAUACACAGCCAUCUUGGAUCUGCGAGGAGAAGAGAAAUUAAUGCGGUGACAUACAGCAUGUUUAGUGCUACAAGAAAGAAGUUUGUAGAAGGGGUUGACAGCGACUUCCCCGAUGACAGCAUGUACUACCCGCAGCCGUCGAUGUUCCCGCAUCGAUCGGACAAAGACAUGCUGGCAUCUCCAUCGCCGUCGUCAUCAGGUCAGCUGUCCCAGCUGGGUGCUAGUUUAUAUGGGCCACAAAGUGGACUGGGGUUCCCCAGGGGCAUGAGCAACAGCACCCCGCAGCUGAGCCGCAGUCUGACGCAGGGCUCGCAGCUGCCCAGCCACGUCCCCCCGACCACCGGCGUUCCCACCAUGUCCCUGCACACCCCGCCCUCGCCGAGCAGGGGGAUCCUGCCCAUGAACACGCGGAACAUGAUGAACCACUCGCAGGUGGGCCAGGGCGUCGGCCUGGGGGGCAGUCCCAACCGCAGCUCCCCCAGCAUCAUCUGCAUGCCCAAGCAGCAGCCGUCCCGCCAGCCCUUCACCAUCAACAGUAUGUCGGGGUUUGGAAUGAACAGGAAUCAGGCAUUCGGGAUGAACAACUCGUUAUCGAGCAACAUCUUCAACGGAACAGACGGGAGUGAAAACGUGACGGGACUGGACCUGUCCGACUUCCCGGCGCUGGCGGACCGGAGUCGAAGGGAAGGGAGUGGGAACCCGACGCCGCUGCUCAACCCGCUGGCUGGGAGAGCGCCGUACGUUGGGAUGGUCACAAAGCCAUCGAACGAGCAGUCCCAAGACUUCUCCAUCCAUAACGAGGACUUCCCAGCGUUGCCCGGGCCCAACUACAAGGACCCCACGUCGAGUAACGACGACAGCAAAUCGAAUUUAAACUCCUCGGGCAAGAACGCGUCGAGCACGGACGGGCCCAAGUUCCCCGGCGACAAGAGCUCCACCGCGCAGAACAACAACCAGCAGAAGAAGGGCAUCCAGGUGUUACCAGAUGGACGGGUGACGAACAUUCCCUCUGGGAUGGUAACAGACCAGUUCGGGAUGAUCGGGUUGUUAACCUUCAUCCGGGCGGCGGAGACGGACCCAGGAAUGGUGCACCUGGCGCUCGGCAGUGACUUGACGACACUAGGACUCAACCUCAACUCCCCAGAAAACCUGUACCCCAAAUUUGCCUCCCCCUGGGCAUCAGCGCCCUGCCGACCUCAAGACAUCGACUUUCAUGUUCCAUCGGAGUAUUUAACCAACAUUCACAUAAGGGACAAGCUGGCUGCAAUAAAACUGUCUCGAUAUGGAGAAGACCUGCUGUUCUACCUGUACUACAUGAACGGAGGGGACCUCUUACAGCUGCUAGCGGCCGUAGAGCUCUUUAACCGGGACUGGAGGUACCACAAGGAGGAGCGGGUGUGGAUCACACGAGCGCCCGGCAUGGAGCCCACAUUAAAGACCAACACCUACGAGCGGGGAACGUACUACUUCUUCGACUGUCUUAACUGGAGGAAGGUAGCUAAGGAGUUUCACCUGGAAUACGACAAGCUAGAAGAACGGCCUCACGUGCCAUCAACCUUCAACUACAACCCAGCUCAGCAGGCCUUCUGAGAGACUUCCCUGUUCACGGGGUAUGGCUGCCUCGGCUCGUCGACAGGCCCAGCCUCUCCUGCUUUUAAUUCCCUGAGGAUCUGGCAAAUUGAAUCGGGCAGAAGGGUCACCCUUUCUGGGGUCCUGCCUUACAAAUUUUGUGCGGCCCAAACACCAACAACAACAACGCUUGUUCCUUUUUUUUUUUUUUCUUUUUUUUUUUUAUUCCUCAUUUCAUUCUUCAUUUGAGCGACGUCUGAAUCUUACGUUUACGGCUCUUAGGAUGCCCGUUUUGGUCAAAGGCAGGAUAGCUGACGUUCACACACUCCACCGUAACAAAACCUUCACCAUUCAGCGUAGAGAAAAAAUAAAAGGCCCAGAAAAAAUUUAAAAAGCACCAGGAAUCACUAACUGUUUAAUAACAUAAACACAAACAAAAUAAGAACAGGAUAAAUGUUGCCAUGUUCGUUAUAGCACUGAUUGGUUAUUAAAUGACACAAAAAAAGUUUGUGAAUUUAUUUCCACACAUUCUCAUAUAUUGUUUGGGAAGUCCUGUAGUUUUUUUCCUCCUUCUUUCUCCUUAACAUCCUUCCAGCCCGCCCCCGUCAUUUACACAUAUACACACACACACACACACACACACACACACGCACACAAACACACCUCGUCUUGAUGGCAUUAACUGCCUAGCUUCAAUAAAACCGAAUGCGAGACUGUUUUAGUGAACGUGACGGGCGCAAGCCUGCGGGGAGACCCUCCACGAGGAGACCCUCCACGGGGCGACCCUCCACGGGGCGACCCUCCACGGGGCGACCCUCCACGGGGCGACCCUCCGCGGGGCGACCUUCACGGUCACCACGGUUACCGAGCUUCAUCGUUUCAGAACGAGCAGAAAACACUGUCCAGUCUUUGUUACGAUUUUGUAAUAAAUGUGUACAUUUUUUUAAUUUUUGGACAUCACAUGAAUAAAGAUAUGUAUGUACGAAUGUGUAUAUAUUAUAUAUAUAUGACAUCUAUUUUGGGAAAAAAAAGCAUUGCCCUGCCACGCCUCGUUUUUAGGAGGUAAGCAUGGACGCAAUAUGUGGAGUGAAACAGGACUCUCUCCAGCUGGGCAGGGGACCACGGUUGUCGCCCUGUGCACUUUUUCAAUUGGACGGCAACACCGACAAAAAGACGACGACGACGACUACAAAAUAUAAAAGGGCCAGAUUUUCAGCGAACCAAGGACACCCAUACCCAAGUUGAACAAGUUGGGAUUCAAGGAAGAGGACUUGAGGCAUUUCAGUCUGGCUGUUUUAAACGGCAGCAUUUCAUAGGAAAAGGAAAACCCAAUAAAAAAAAAAAAAUUGAAAAAGA